AUGAUCCAUCGAUAUAAGAAGCGCGGAACGGGCCGCCCAGACGAAAACAAGAAGCGCCUGAUAGAAAACGACAGGAUCCGCGACAGGAAUAUCAUGGUUGUAGACGAGGACAACAAGCUGGCUGGUCCAUACGCCACUUCAAAAGUCCUGCUAUCCCUGGACCUCGAGAAGGAAACGUUGCGACUGGUUUCCCCGGCCCCCUCGGACCCGGGCCCAGACCAACCAGCCUACGCCGUUUGCAAGAUCAUAAACAUUCAGGAGGAGAGAGCCCGGGUGCGCAAAUUGGAGCAGGCGAAGAAACUUCAGGCCAAGACAAACAAGACCAAAGAGCUGGAACUCAACUGGGCGAUUGCGUCGAAUGACCUCAACCACAAGAUGAGGCAGUUGAGGACGUUCCUAACCAAGGGUUACAAGGUUGAGAUCUUGAUGGCCAAAAAGAAGGGAAGCAGGAUUGCUACAGCAGAUGAAGCGCAAGCUCUUGUUCAAGCAGUCAGAGACGUUGUGGAAGAGACCCGCGGCGCCAAGGAAUGGAAGGCCUCGGAGGGCCAGCCACUUAAGGUGAUGAGACUUUACUUGAGUGGAAAGGCUGGCCAGGCUCAGGCUGAGGAUGGCUCUGAGGCGUCUGCCGAGGGGCAGCCCGAGACCUCUGCAGAGGACCAGUCCGAGAUUUCGGCAGAAGCUUCAUCAGAGACUUCGCCUGAGGUCUCACCAGACGAGAAGCAAGCAGCCCCUGCCUCCUGA